AUGUCCGCCGGAGCAGAGGCUGCGGAAUCCGCGAGGGCGUCUUCGCCCAGCGCUGCCACUGAGCAGCUCCCCCCGGCUCCCAACGGCCCCGCCUUUGUCACUCCCGCCUCAUACCUGCGCCCUCCGCCUGCGUCACGCCCUUCGCCAGCUUCCAAUGUGCUCACCCCCAUCGACAAGGAGCAGCUUGCGGCUCUGCGCGCGAUUCGGGCCUUCCUCAAAGUUCGAACGAGUUAUGAUGUCCUCCCUCUUAGUUUUCGUCUGAUCAUCUUCGACACUUCUUUGCUCGUUAAGAAGAGCCUGAACAUCCUGAUCCAAAAUGGAAUCGUGUCUGCCCCACUGUGGGAUUCCAAAACCUCUACCUUCGCCGGCCUGCUCACGACGUCCGACUACAUCAAUGUCAUCCAAUACUACUGGCACAAUCCUGACGCGCUGGCACAGAUAGACCAGUUCCGACUGAACAACCUGCGUGACAUUGAAAAGGCACUCGGGGUUACUCCCAUCGAGACCGUGUCGAUUCACCCGGAAAAACCGCUCUACGAGGCAUGCCGUCGGAUGCUGGAGUCUCGAGCGAGGAGGAUCCCCCUCGUCGACAUUGACGACGAGACGCAGCGCCACAUGGUCGUCAGCGUCGUGACCCAGUAUCGCAUCCUGAAGUUCAUUGCGGUCAACGUCAAGGAAACGGAGAACCUGAAGAAACCCCUGAAGGAAAUCAACGUGGGGUCGUACGAAAAUUUGGCAACUGCUUCCAUGGAUACCCCUGUCAUGGACGUCAUUCAUAUGUUGGUUCGGAAGAGCAUCUCAAGCGUUCCAAUUCUAGAUAGAGAAGGCGUCGUUAUCAACGUUUUCGAGGCAGUUGAUGUCAUUACGCUCAUCAAGGGCGGUGUGUAUGACGACCUGAACCUCACCGUCGGCGAGGCGCUGCUCAAGCGCAACGAUGACUUUGCCGGGAUUUACACAUGCUCCAUGUUCGAUCGUCUGGACACCAUCUUCGACACGAUCCGCAAGUCUCGUGUCCAUCGCCUGGUGGUUAUUGACGAGAAUAAUCGCCUGAAGGGCGUGCUGACUUUGAGCGACAUUCUGGAAUAUGUGCUCCUGGAGGGCGAAGGGGACGAGGCCCCCGCGUAA